AGCCCGGCGCUGCUGGGGGGCCUGGGCGGGGCAUUGCUGUCCCAGUGUCCCCGCACCCUUGGAUCUCAGCGCUUCGGGGACUCGGUCCGGACGGUGCAGAGCGGAGACGGCGGGGGGUCGUGUUCUGCUCGGCUCCAGGGUGCCGAGGGCCGAGCGAGCAGGGCCGGAGCUCCCGCACAAAGAGGACAGCGUCCCGCACAUGGAUCGAAUUAAAGUCCCCGGCAGUGACCCGGCCAGCUGCCCUACUCGGCUUUCUGCGCCAGGGCGCCGGGUCUCUCCAGCUCCUGGGAUUCCCGGGAUUCCCAGCUCGGGCUGCAACUGAUCAUGGCAUCCAAGCCUGAAAAGAGGGUUGCCUCGUCUGUUUUCAUCACCCUGGCACCCCCACGCCGCGAUGUAGCUGUGACUGAGGAAGUGCGCCCGGCAGCUUGUGAAGUCCAGCCUGCCCGACCCCGGGAGACCCCUGUUCCCACAAAGACCACUGGGGCUGGCUCGACCAGGAACCCCAGUCCCUGGACGCCUUCUGGAAGGACUACAGCCUCAGUCUCUACUGUCCCGCCCCAGCUCUCCAAUGGAGGAUGCUCUCUCCCACCUCCUUCCCUGAGUGAGGAGGACCUGGACCUCCCCCCACCUCCUCCACCACCCCCUUCUGCCUUCCUGCCUCUCCUGGAAGAGGAACCCCCUGUCUCAACAGGGGCAUCACUCAUUUCUGACUUGGAACAGCUGCACCUGCCGCUGCCACCCCCACCGCCCCCACCACAGGCUCUGUCAAAGGGAUCUUCUGUCCAACCUCAGCCCAGUCACUUCAGACCCUCCGAAGAGGAGCUACCUCCUCCUCCAGAAGAGCCUGUCACCUUCCCUGAGAGAGAGGUAUCAACAGAUGUGUGUGGCUUCUGUCACAAGCCUGUGUCCCCUCGAGAGCUGGCUGUGGAGGCCAUGAAGAGGCAGUACCAUGCUCAGUGCUUCACCUGCCGUAUGUGCCGCCGCCAGCUGGCAGGGCAAAGCUUCUACCAGAAGGAUGGGCGCCCCCUCUGUGAACCCUGCUACCAGGACACUCUGGAGAGGUGUGGCACGUGUGGUGACGUGGUCCGAGACCACAUCAUUCGAGCCCUGGGAAAGGCCUUCCACCCACCAUGUUUCACAUGUGUGGUCUGUGCCCGGUGCAUCGGGGAUGAGAGCUUUGCCCUGGACAACCAGGACCAGGUCUACUGCCUGGCUGACUUCUACAGGAAAUUUGCCCCGGUGUGCAGCAUCUGUGAGAAUCCCAUCAUCCCUCGGGAUGGGAAGGAUGCCUUCAAAAUUGAGUGCAUGGGAAGAAACUUCCAUGAGAACUGUUACCGUUGCGAGGACUGCAGCAUCCUCCUGUCUGUGGAGCCCACGGACCAAGGCUGCUACCCCCUGAAUGACCAUCUCUUCUGCAAGCCAUGCCAUGUGAAGAGGAGUGCUGCGGGGUGCUGCUGAGAGCCCCGGCCCUUCCUGACAUGGCGUUCCUGCCUCACCUGCUCUUGCACAAGUCCCUUCUGAGCCUCACUGGGCACCAGCACACAGCUCAAUUCAGAGAAUCUAGGAUGCAAGGGCCUGAGACACCAGGGCUUAGCUUUCUGAUACACAGCAUCCCCCAGACUUUCAACUUCUCCCCUCCUGCCUUCUGGAAGGCUCCUUACUAUCACAUCCAGACUCCAGACCCUCUCUAGUACUGGCCCUGACCCAUUUGGGGAGGCAGAUCAUAAGGGGCCACCUUUGUCCCUCCCAGGACACCUAGCUGUCUAGCAGAAGGCACUAAGACCAACUUAAGGUGCAGAACUGAACAGUUUGAAGUCUCCAUGUUCCUCUAAAAAGUGGUUUUUGAAAAUUUAAAGAUUUAAAUGAAAAACACCAUUCUUUGGAUUUGGGGGAAGGAAAUCUUUUCAUUUUUCAAAUUCUUUUUUGGUGGGCAGAAAACAGCAAAUAUACAGCACUUGGGAGGCAGGGGUGGGAGGUUGCCAGAAGUUUGAGGCCAGCCUGGUCUACAUAGUGAGUUCCUGACCAGCCAGGGCUACAUAACACCAGACCCUGUCUCAAAAACAAACAAACAAAAAAACCUGUAUGUAUACAGAUGUGAUGUAGUGGAGACCCAGCCAUGGGUUUUGUAUCUCUGGAACAACAUAGCAUGCUGAAGUAGGGCUGGGGCCAGGAGGGAGGGAGGGUGGUCUGCAGCCUCUACCUGCCUCCUGGCCCUUAGGUAUCCUUUUGUGCAUUGUGCAGGGACAUGGAUUAUGUGCCUUUGAUAUCCCCAGGGAGAAAAGCAGGGCUGAGCCUCCUUCCCGCAGCCUCCAGUGGCACAUACACUCGGGCCAGGGCAGGUGGCCUUUGUCUUCCCUUUGUACCUCCAACCCCCACCUCAGGCCUUGUGGCCAGGCUGCCCAUAAACACCGUCUCCACGAGGCCGCAUGAGGAGUUCUUCCCUUUUAAAGAAAUUCACUUUAGGGCUGCUGAUAUGACUAGGGGUAAAGGUGCUUGCCACCAGGCCUGAGGACCUGAGUUCAAUCCCCCAGGACCCACAUGGUAGAGAGAGCGAGCUGACUCCCUCAAGUUGUCCUCUGACCUCCACACGCCUGUCAUGGUACAUGUGCAGUCCCUCCCACGUAUACACACGAUAAAUAAGUGUAAAAUAGAAAACAUUGUAAAAGAAGUUCACUUUUGCUGCUUUGUAAUUUCUAAGACAUUUGUAGAGCAAAUUAAACAGACUUUCCUUCCUUGCA